UUCCUUAACAUGAAGAUUGCUGCUCUUUGUAUUGUAUUGUCCAUACCAUUUGUUUCAAGCAUAAUUGGUGGCGAAGAUAAAGAACACAAACCGAAUCAUAUGUUCCUCGCUUCGAUUCAGCACCAUCAUAAACAUUUGUGUUGUGGUGUAUUUGUAACACCUAAAUUCGUACUGACUGCAUCUUCUUGUGUGAAGGACAAGCUGUCAGAUUAUAUUUUAGUUGUGGCUAACAUAACCGAUUUACGGGAUAAUCCUCUUCACACAGAACACCUACGCAUUGACAAGAUUAUUAGCAAAGAUCCUAUUGGCCAGAAGAACGUUCACGACAAUAUCGCUUUAUUGGUUUUAUCUGAGUUCGCCGUCAUAAGAGUGAAGGAAUCUCAAUAUAUUAGAACAAUUAAGUUGGAAGAUGAAGGGUUUAAACCUGAAGAAGGGAAAGACUGCAUAAUCUACGGUUGGGGCACGAAAUCAAUCGUUAGCAGCGAGCCUUCAAGAAUGUUACAAGUAGGAUCAACAGAAAUAGCUUUAUUGACUACGUGUAAAGAGUAUAACAGUGAUGUGGAUGAAUCCAACUUAUGCGCCAACAAUUCUGAAGCAACCCUCUGUACUUUUGAUAUUGGUGAUCCAUUGAUAUCUCUAUGGGGAAAUUUCUUAUGGGGAAUAGCGACUGAUGAAUAUGCGUGUGCAGGCAAAUCCAGCGAUGUGUUCACCCGAGUUGACUACCACAUGGACUGGAUUCUCAGAACAAUUGAUGAAAAUUCGUCAACACGACACAGGCCACGUGCAAUCAUAAUAGGAACAGCAAUUAUUGUACUUUUGAUACACUUCGCGUAAAUCAUAAACGGAAGAUUUGUUUCAAAAUUUGUUUAGUAGUGGGCGUCCAAUUCACUUGUAUUAACCGUUUUUAUUCGAUAAAGUUAUGUUUCGGUA